GUCUGCUCCACGGCACCCCCGCCCUCGCGUGGUGCGGCCCCGAGUCACGGGUCACGCGGCUGUGGGGGGCGCGGCCUGCUUUGAGCCCUAGGGUGCCUCUCGAGGCGUCGGCGGAAGUCCCUUGGAGCGGCGGCGGCGGCAGCUGGAAUGAUGCUGGGCCAGAGUCGUUUCAUCUUCAUCCUUCUGGCUGCGGCCGUCACCUGCGCCUUGGCACAGCACGCGCCGCCGUGGACAGAAGAUUGCAGAAAAUCAACUUACCCUCCUUCUGGACCAACCUAUAGAGGACCGGUUCCAUGGUACACCAUAAAUCUUGAUUUACCACCCUACAAAAGAUGGCAUGAAUUAAUGACUGACAAGGCAUCAGUGCUGAAGAUUAUAGUGAAUUCUCUGAAGAAUGUAGUAAAUGCAUUUGUGCCAAGUGGAAAAAUUGUACAGAUGGUGGAUCAAAAGUUGCCUGGUCUACUUGGGAAUUUUCCUGGUCCUUUUGAAGAGGAGAUGAAGGGGAUUGCAGAUGUUACUGGAAUACCAUUAGGAGAAAUUAUUUCAUUCAACAUUUUUUAUGAAUUUUUUACCAUUUGUACCUCAAUAAUAACUGAAGACAAAAAAGGUCAUCUACUCCAUGGAAGAAACAUGGAUUUUGGAGUGUUUCUUGGGUGGAAUGUGAAUAAUAAUACCUGGGUAAUAACUGAGGAACUGAAACCUUUAACAGUGAAUCUGGACUUCCAAAGAAACAAUAAAACUGUCUUCAAGGCUACAAGCUUUGCCGGCUAUGUGGGCAUGUUAACAGGAUUCAAACCUGGGCUAUUUAGUCUUACACUAAAUGAACGCUUCAGUAUGAAUGGCGGUUAUAUGGGUGUCCUAGAAUGGAUUUUGGGAAAGAAAGAUGCCAUGUGGAUAGGGUUUAUCACUAGAUCAGUUCUGGAAAAUACUACAAGUUAUGAAGAAGCCAAGAAUAUACUGACCAAGACCAAGUUAUUGGCCCCAGCGUACUUUAUCCUGGGAGGUAACCAGUCUGGGGAGGGUUGUGUGAUUACACGAGAAAGAAAAGACUCUCUGGAUGUAUAUGAACUCGAUCCUAAGCAGGGUAGAUGGUACGUGGUACAAACAAAUUAUGACCGAUGGAAAAGCCCCUUCUUCCUCGAUGACCGCAGAACUCCUACAAAGAUGUGUCUGAACCGCACAGCACAGGAGAAUCUCUCAUUUGCGACCUUAUAUGAUGUCCUGUCAACAAAGCCUGUCCUCAACAAGCUGACCGUAUUCACAACGUUGAUUGAUGUUACCAAAGGCCGAUAUGAAACUUACCUGCGUGAUUGCCCAGACCCUUGUAUAGGCUGGUGAGCACACAUCUGGACCACAGAAUACACUCUCUAAGACAUGAAGGUGCAAUGUCCAGGUGCCUGAGCACUGCCACCAUCUUUUCUCCUUCCAAAGACUAAGACAUAAGACAGGUUCUCUUUGAGUCAUGAGCUUAUCCUUCUCAGUAUGUUUAUGAUUAACAGAAUAUUUUUGCCAUAAUCAUUGAUUCUUCUUAUUUUUUUUUUUAUGUUCCAAUAAAACUUUAUUUACAAAAUUAGUUGCUGGGCCAGAUUUGGUCCUGGCAGUUGCUUUUCAAGUCCAAAUUUUAAUAGAUUAUUCUCAGAACUUGUAUUCAAACCUGUCAUCUAGGUUGAAUGAAAUUAAUAUUUUUUUUUUAUUAUUGUAAACAAAUGGGAUACAUGUUGUUUCUCUGUUUGUACAUGGCGUAAAGGCAUACCAUUUGUGUAAUCAUAAAUUUACAUAGGGUAAUGUUGUUUG